AUGGGCAUUAGGAACCCCAGUCGACCUGGGUUUGAACUAGUCAUUGUUUGGAGGAUACAAAUAGAUGAGCAAGGGAAGGUUUUGCCGAAGCUGGAUCUUCUCACCAAAGUGCCGCUGCAAGCCCUGGAACUGGACAAGAACAGAGUCAUAGAAACUGCUCCUCUCAGCUUCCGAACCCUACUGGGCGUGCUGGGCAUUGAAGCCACUCUAGAAAGCCUGAUUAAAUCACUUUGCACAGAGGAAAGCAGCUAA